AUGGGCCCCGGGCGCCGGGCGACGGGCGCCCUGCCGGCCCUGCUGCUGGCCCUCACCCUGCCGGGGCUGCGCGUCUGGGCGCAGAACGACACGGAGCCCAUCGUGCUGGAGGGCAAGUGCCUCGUGGUGUGCGACUCGAACCCGGCCACGGACUCCAAGGGCUCCUCCUCCUCGCCCCUGGGGAUCUCGGUCCGGGCGGCCAACUCCAAGGUCGCCUUCUCGGCGGUGCGCAGCACCAACCACGAGCCGUCCGAGAUGAGCAACAAGACGCGCAUCAUUUACUUCGACCAGAUUCUAGUAAACGUGGGUAAUUUUUUCACCCUGGAGUCUGUCUUUGUAGCACCCAGAAAAGGAAUUUACAGUUUCAGUUUUCACGUAAUUAAAGUAUACCAGAGCCAAACAAUACAGGUUAACCUGAUGUUAAACGGAAAACCAGUCAUAUCUGCCUUCGCCGGGGAUAAAGACGUGACACGUGAGGCUGCCACGAACGGGGUCCUGCUCUACCUGGAUAAGGAGGAUAAGGUUUACCUAAAACUGGAGAAAGGUAACUUGGUCGGAGGCUGGCAGUACUCCACGUUCUCUGGCUUCCUGGUGUUCCCCCUAUAGGAUUCGAGGUCUCCAUGAUGCUCGUCCGGGGAGGGGCGGCCUGCCCCUGACUUCCUAAGGAUCACUUCCGCUUCACGGGAUUCAUGUCUUUCACUGGUUUCUCAUGGGCGAAUGUGGAUUCUCUGUAAGGAUGCUAGGCCUGUCUGAACCAGUACCGAGCUCCACAGAUUAUUUUUGUGUGUGUUUCAGUGUACUCGGAUUGGGACUCAACACAGUUGAUACCCAUCUAUGCUUCAGUGUAACAAUUCAAAGCUGUCUGCAAGGUUUAUUCUGAGUUUAAUUUCCUGGAAUCACUGAAUUUGUUGCAGAUGUGGCAUUUUAUUUAGUUAGUUUUCAAAGACCGGCAACCGGAUCUGAUAAUUAGAGAACUCUAUAUAUAAAGUUCUGACUUCAAUCAAUGGUUCGUGUGAUCCUGCCAAAGAAUUGUGUGCUGUGUCCAUAUACUGGUUACACUUGUUUUUAUUCCUUUGAGAUUAGUUUGUUCGGUUCUCUUAAGGUAAUUUCUGACUCUGUGUCUUCUCGACAAAUAGGGUAAUGGCUUGCCCGCAAAUUUACUCUAUGAGAUCACCCACACGACUUCCCUUAAAAAAAAAAAAAGAAUGCUUCAUAGUUGUAUUUUAAUUAUAUAUGUGAAAGAGUCAUAUUUUCCAAAUUAUAUUUUCUAGUAGGAAGAAUAGAUCAUAAAUCUAACACAGAAAAAGUUGCAUAUCCGAAUUCUUCAGUGCUCAAUCCUCAAACCUGCACAAAACAGCUCUCCUCCAUGGGAAAUCUUAUACUUUAUUGCUCAUUUUAAUUACCAUGAUUGAUAAUAGCCACUUUAUUAAAACCUAAGGGAUUUUUUUUUCCUCAGACAUGACUACUUUAUUAACUGGAGAUGGGAUGCCCUUGUUUUUAAUUAUACCUAUUUUUCAAACCUUCUGUUGUGUUUGAAGUAUCAUCUGGUUUUUGCCUUAACUCCUAAGAUUGUUUAGAUUUAUCUGUUCAGCUAAUAGUAAAUCCAAAUAUUCCAUAUCUGAACUUAGUGUAAUAUCUUAUUUUGU